UUGGUCACGGCGUAAUCUUUGCCAGGACCUUCUUAAAGCGGUGAUCAGAGGAAAAUUUCUGCUACGACUUAGAAAACAGAGAAAGAGAAGACUAUUAUUUGAGAUUUCACCGGUUCCGUGUGAUUUAAUUUGUUGUUUUGGACCAGUCUUAUUGUGUUAGGUUACCCCUCUAUAGUGUGUGCUCCCUGAAAUCACAGCGACAACUCUACCGGCUCACGAUUUGGUGCUCGCUGGGUGGGCAUUUAUCCCCAGUCCCCCAGCUAGUUAGCUAGCUCAAAGUGCUAGGCUAGGCUAGCCAGCUAACUAACGUGAUCAGCUCGGCCGUUAGCGACCGGCAUUCCCUACAGCAUUCAAACUGAGUGUAGAGUCAUUGGUGGCUGAGACACUGUCUGCUCUGACUGAAAUCCAUCAUGGAGAAAGAUGCCUGUGUAGAGCCUAAGAAUGGUGAAGCUGCUGUCGACCAGCCUAAGCCGGCAGCCACAGCUCCUUACAGAUACACUAAGGAGGAGCUUUUGGAAAUCAAAGAGCUGCCAAUCUCCAAUGAAAGGCCUGAAUGUCUCUCUGAAAAAUAUGACAGUGAUGGUGUCUGGGACCCUGAGAAAUGGCACGCCUCAUUAUAUCCCACUUCAGAGCGAAGCUCACCUGUGGAAGGUUUUAAGAAGGACUACAUGGAUGACAGAGUUCCAUUAAAACGAAGAAUCCCAGAUCCCCGUGAGCGGUUAAAGGAAGAUGACCUGGAUGUAGUACUGAGCCCACAGCGACGUAGCUUCGGAGGUGGAUGUCAGGGUAAUGCUGCCCCUCAUAUCCGUCGCCCAAUCAGCCCCUUGGAAAACAAAGAAAAUGAUACUCUACGUAUGGGAGGGUCACGCAGAAUUGGCAGUGGACGGAUAAUUGCUGCCCGUGCCUUUGAGAGAGAAGCUCGUGCAGAGAAGGAAAAGGAGCGCGAGAGAGACUUGAAGGAUAAAAGAUUUAGGAGAGAUUUUGGUGACAAGCGUGUGUUUAGCGAAAGGAGGAGGAAUGACUCGUAUGCAGAAGAGGAGCCAGAGUGGUUCUCGGGGGGUCCCACCAGCCAGUCGGAGACAAUUGAGCUUAUUGGAUUUGAUGACAAAAUCCUGGAAGAUGAUAAACGCAAAUCUAAGCGUUCAAGGAAGCGGACAGAAUCUUUGAAAGAAGUAGUGGAAUGUAAUGGCGGACAGCCCGAGGAUCAAGAUGUGGGUUUGCAGCCGACAGCUGAUCAGGAAGUUCCCCACACUGAUGUUCUUCCAGAGCCUUCAGCUGGUGACUUCGACUUCAAUGAAUUCUUCAAUCUAGAGAAGACCAUGCCAGGACUGGCCUCUAUGAUAGAGGAUGUUUUGGGAGAGGGCCCUGUGUCAGCUAGCCGCUUCAGCCAGUGGUUCUCUAGUAACCAGAGUCCAUGCAGCCGGUCCAGCAGCUUGAGGUCAACUCCUCAUGAAGAGCUGGAGAAACUUGCUGGGCUCGAGCCACGUUGCACGUCCCCCAGCCGAGGCAAUGCCUCAUAUUUUGCACCUAUUCAGUCUUCUGAAUGCAAGGAGAAGGUGGACAUCCUGGAGCUGCUGCAUAAGGCCAAAGUAGACCUGAAACCUCUGCUUUCUACGCUCUCUGCCAAUAAGGCUCGGCUUCGGGACAGCACUCAUUCUGGAGUUGUACUCUCAUUGGAGGAGGUGGAGGGAGAAAUGAAGGGAAUGAGGCUAGACUCGGAACCACAGAGGCGAAAGGUGCCACCUGCCGAGAGAGGAAAUGGAACGCCCUUCAUGGCUGAACAUUUAGAAGAGGCUUUAACUGGCGGGUUGAGUGCCCGUCCGCGCUCACGUGACACAGACAUGUCAGCCUUUAAUAAACUGGUCAGCAGCAUGAAGGCAAGUGGAACUCUGCCACCUCACCCCAAAACCAACACAAACACUCAGCAAACUGCAGAUCAAGCUGUAGUGACACUGCCUGAUGCCCAAGUACCUGCACAGCCACAAAAAAAUAUAUUCCAGGAGCUCUUGGGAGUUCGUAGUGGCUCCCCAACGCAGUUUGGCAAUCUGCUGAGCAGCGCCGAGGCCCCAGUAACUUCUGCACCUCUACGUGGCCUACUACACAAGGGCCCUUCACUCCCUCUCUUUCCACAGAGGGCACCCUCACCUGAAUACUUCAAUAGUCGGUUGCAACCUCCUGCAGGAUUUCCUGUUGGUCCUCAGCCCAUGCUACCAGAACAGUUUGCUGAUAUACACAGGUCAAUCAGUCCUGGAUCUGCUGCACAGCAACAGGUUACUGAGAUGAGAUUUCAUGCGAUGAGGGCGCUCUCUAUUCCUAUUAACCAAGCAGACUUGGAAGCACUGGCAUUCCAGCAGGAUCUUGCUCUCCAUGCCCACCACCAAUUCCAAUCUGGCUACAAACAACCACAAGACAAGUCUUUCCGAAAUAGACCGCAGCGUCUUAAUCGUUCCCCUGGACCAGGCUCUCAGCCUGCUGGAAGAAACUCUCCAGGAAAUACUGUCACCAGUAUGUUGUCCCCUUCAUUUACACCCACAUCUGUGAUCCGCAAAAUGUAUGCAACAAAAGAGAAGAGCAAAGAUGAACCUUCAAAUCGCUCAGAGACCAAGGACGACUCGGCAGCACAUUCUCACGAUGGCAGCAGCUCCCCAAAUCUAUACCUGGAAGCAGUGGAUGGUAAUGUAGCUCAGUCAGGGGGAGUAAAGACCAGCUCACAGACGUUGUCUAGCAAAGAACAAGAGCGCCUCAGGCCUGGCUCUACUGGACACCAUCCACCCGCCAUGGUACCUCCAGGACCAUCCUCAUCUUUCCCUCGUCCUGUCUACCCAGUACCGCUGCUAUCCCACGUACCUAUGGUGCGCCCUCCUCCCCAGCUCCACCCUGUGGUGCAACGUAUGCUGGCACAGGGUAUCCAGCCCCAGCAGUUAGGACCUGCUCUUGUGCAAGCAGGUAUGUUUCCACCACAUGACCUUGCACAACUUCAAGGCUUGCCUCCUGCCCUGCUUGGACAACCACUGUACCCACUAAGUGCAACUGGGCAUCCACUUCUACCUCCCAGAGCCAGUACUCAAAUGCAGUUAGCAGCAAUGCAACAGCAACUUCAACAACAGCAACGACCAAUACAUCCCAGUGUCCCUGGCACUCAGUCACAGAGCCAAGGCCCCCACCGGACGAAUGGUUCCCAGCGACACGGCGGCAGCCCCCCUCUAGGCCUCGCCAAGUGGUUUGGAUCAGAUGUACUAGAGCAGCCACUCCCCUCUAUGCCAGCCAAGGUCAUAAGUGUAGAUGAAUUAGAGUUCCGGCCAUAAGAAAAUAAACACUGUGCUGGAAUUUUUUUUCUUUUUUUUUCCCCCCCCUCUUUGUCCAUCUCCACUUGUUUACUGUGAAAAUGUGAACUUUAAUUUGAAAGACAGUGCACAGAACAGGAUGAUGUAACUAAACCAUGCUUUAACUUCAGUAUUGAAGUUACUGCUUUUGAAGAGGCAAGUGAUGGAGAUCCGUUUUGCCAGCUGAGUGAAUAUAUAUUUUUUGUACGAGACUGCACCGUAAAUAAUGUAUAGGCCCAAUUGUACAGACCAUGGGAAAAAAAAUCUUAUUCUCAGUGUAUAUAGAUAAGGUGUUUUUUGUUUUGUUACCCCACCCCCACCCCUUUUCUUAGUAAAGGGGAGCUGUACCAAUCUUGCAGUUCGACUGAAAACUGCGACAAAGUCAGCAAAAGCUAGUAGCAUUCCUUUGUUGCGUCGCAGCCACCCAAUCUCGCAUCACCUGAAUCGUACUGAGAGGGUCACACGGUGAAAAAUGUUGGCAUAAUUUUAGCGCAUACAUCUUCCCUUUCAU